AUGUCACACUGCCACGACGAGCAUGAGCACUCUCAUGGUGGGGGCGGCCAUGACCAUGAGCACGACCACUCCGACGACAUCACGCCAGCCUUGCAGCACAGCUUGUAUCAACAUAUCGAUUUUGACGCAGUCAUCACCAUGAAUGAGGCUUCUCCAGGUUCGGGCAAGGCCAUCAUCAAAAAGACGUGGGCUGAGCGUUUGCAGAUCGAACCGGAGCUCGAGAGCGAUGCUGACGAGCAGAUCAUUCUAAAUAUACCAUUUACGGGCCAAGUAAAACUACACUCCAUCCUUCUGCGCUCUUCACCUUCAGACUCCGCACCGCGAACUCUGAAGGUCUUCAUCAACCGCUCGGACAUGGACUUCGAGACGGCGUCGGAGCUAGACCCGACACAGCAAUUCGAGCUCUCGCAGACCUCGGACAUUCAAGAGCUGCCCGUCAAGCGUGCUCUCUUCGGAAAGGUUCAACGGCUCACCCUGUUCCUGGAGGAUAACUUUGGGGAUGGCGACGAGGACGUCACCCGGUUGAGUUAUCUGGGGUUCAAGGGCGAGUGGAUGCAGCUGGGUCGCGCCCCGGUCAAUAUACUGUAUGAGGCGGCGCCGAACCCGAACGAUCAUGCGCUAAAGGGCACGAACGUAAAUGCGAUGGGAAGUGGCAUUGGUGGAAGGGGGCCAGACGUGUAG